AUGGUGCGUGGUGCGCAGCCCGAUGCGGUCGCGCCAACGAGACUCGCGCUGCAGGCCGAGGCGGAGGCGGCGGGCUGGGCGCACUCGGUGGCCGUGGCGCUCACCAGCGGCGGCGAUAGUGACGGCGGCGGUGCCGGUGGCGGCGACGCGGUGGCGGUGCGACGCGCGGCGAUCACAGCGCAGCUGAGGGGCGCGGCAUCCCACGCAAAGCGCGUCGAGCGUCUGCAGCGGCUGCUGUGGCUGCGGUGGUCCGACGACUGGGCAGGCGAGGCGGCGCUUCCCCGCACCGCCACAACACGGGGCCUGAUGUCAUCAGACGAAGACUCGACGCUGGCGGUGGCGGUGCCGCCGUGCGAGCUGAUCCCGCUGGACGCGGCCGACGGCGUCAUCGAGGCGGCGCCGGAGGAGGUGCGCCGCCACGUGGUGGAGUCGUACCUCCCGAAGAAGCUCUCCAGCUACCUCGGCAUCCCCUCCCUCGCCAGCCGCCCCGGAGGUGGCACUGGCGGCGCCAGCGCUGGCGCCGGAGGCUCCUCCGCGGCCGCCAGCAAUACAGGUGGCUGCGGCAAUGGCGCCGGCGGCGGUGCGACGGCGGCGGAGACGACCGUCAUCCACGUACCGCCAAAGUACAUGCACAGCGAGGGGAAGCUGCUCGGCGAGUGGGAGGAGGUCGCACGGAGAUUCGGCACGAUCGACCUGCGCGUCGACCUGCAGCCGAGGCUCGCGCCGCCCGCCACGCACGACGACCACCACGGCGACAGCCGCCACGCGCUCUGGAUGGUGCAGUAUGGCAUCGUCCGCGGGUCCAAGAAGAGCUCGCCGGUGGGCGCGGGCGACGGUACGGCGGGCGCGUACGCGGCGGUGCUGAUGGCGACGGGCGUCGACUUCUCGGUGGCCGAGCUGUUCGAGGCGUUCGCGCUCAGCUUCGAGCUGCGCUGCUUUGUUCGGAUGGAGCGGCCUGGCAGCGGCACUCCUCAGGCCACGGCAGCAGCGGCUGCGAAGACACCGGUGGUGUCGGCGGCGACUGCGAAGGCAGCCACUGCUGUUCAGCCCAGCUGCACACCAGACGCCGCCUCCGCCGCCGUGCCACCCCCGGCCGAGGGAUGGCGCAUCUUCUGCGAUCUCGACGGCGUCCUCGCCGACUUCGACGCCGGCGUGUCCGCGGCGGCCGCCGACGCGGGCAUGCGUGCCGCGGCGGCCGACCCAACGUGUCUCAGCACCGAGGGGCUGUGGAGGCUGGUGGGACGGCGCAAGGGCUUCUUCGAGAAGCUUCCGUGGAUGGAGGAUGGGCGGGAGCUCUGGGGCGCGCUGAGCGGCGCGGCGGCAGCGACGGCAGCGGCAGCGGCGUCCUCAUCGUCGUCGCCUGAAAAGGGCGGCCAUGGUGGUAGCAGCAGGGCGGGCGCGCUGCCGGCGGGAGCAAAGGUGGCGUCGCUGGUGGUGCUGACGGGGCUGCCGGCAGGUAAGCUCGGCGCGCAGGCGCGCAAGCAGAAGGAGGCGUGGUGCCGGCGCGAGCUCGGCGCCGAGGUCGAAGUCAUCUGCUGCACGAGCCGCGAGAAGUGGAGGUUCAGCGACGGCGCCAACUCGGUCCUGAUCGACGACCGGCCCCACGACAAGCGCGCCGCGUGGGAGAGGACGGGCGGCGCCUUCGUGCACCACGUCUCGACAGCGGAGACGCUCUCGCAGCUGCGUCGGCUGAUGGGCGGCGGCGGCGGCUGUGCUGGUGGUGUCGGUGACGGUGGUGCUGGUGGUCCUGUUGGCGCGGCGGCGGCCGUCGUGGGCGCGGCGGCAUCGCGACAGCAGCAUUCCUCCGCGGCGCCGCCACCGCUGCAGCCUGCGAUGAAGGCGCGUGCAACGGGCGCGCUAGCGGCGGGCGUGGCGGCGGCGCCCACCUUCGCCGUCGACCCGUCUCGCAUCGUGGUCGUGCGUGUGGGCGACACGCCCGCCGAGGAGGCCAUGGCGGCCACGCUUCGCGGCGCCGUCGAGGCGGCGACGCCCGCCGUCGGCAUCGACGUCGAGUGGCGCCCUGACGACUGGGGCGGCGGGCGGCGCGGCGGGCGGCCCAACCCCGCGGCGCUGCUGCAGAUCGCUGUGCCGCGCGCGACCUCGGUCGCCGUCGACGUCGGCGGCGUGACGCAGGCGGAACGCGUCUUCCUCCUCCACCUUGGCGACGGCAGCGUUGGCCGCGUGGGUGAGACGCUGCGAUCGGCGCUGCUUGCUUUGCUCGGCAGCGAGGCGGUGGCCAAGCUCGGCUACGGCUUCGACGAGGACGUGGCGAGGCUGAGCGCGGCGCUGCGUUGCCGCCUCGUCGUCCGCAGUGUCGUCGACCUGCAGCAGAUCUACGCUACUUCCGCCAAGCUCGAGCUGCCGCCGCUGCACGCGGCGUGUUGGGCGGUGCUGGGCGCGAAGCUCGACAAGUCGAAGCUGCUGCAGUUCUCCGACUGGCGGAGCUGGCCGCUCUCGGGCGCGCAGGUGGGCUACGCGGCGGCGGAUGCCGACGUGCUGAUCGCGAUCGCGCGCGGCCUCUUCGGGCCGUCGCCGGCGUUGAUGAGGGCGUGGGCGUCGGCCGUCGCGGCGGGGACGGGCGGCGCGUGGCGGGAACCGGCGGACGAUGCGGAAGACGAGGAGGAGCAGGGCGAGGAUGAUGGUGAGGAGGGUGGCGAGGAGGGUGGCGAGGAGGAGGAGGAGGAGGGUGACGAGGAGGAGCCGCGCAUGUCGCCUGCUGCUCCUCUGCCGCCGCCGCCGCCGCUGCAGUUCGCCGCGGAGGUCGCGCAGGCCGCGUACGCCGGCGUCUUCCUCGAUGCCGCCAGCGUCGCGCUGCUGUCGUCGCGGAUGCCGCCCAAGCACGGCAGCAUCCCAGCCCAGCCGCACCUCACGCUCGCGCACAAGCCGAACGCGAGCACGACCCGCGCGCUGCGGCCGUGGGUGGGCACCACCGUCGAGCUGAUCCUGGGCGGCGAGGCGCACGACGCGCAGGGCCACGCGGUGCGCGUGGUGGGCGUGGCGCCGCCGCACGCCGAGCUGCUGUCGCUCUGCGAGAACGCGCACCCGCACGUGACCCUCUCGAGCGCCAUCGGCACGCCGCACGUCUACUCGAACGCACUGCUGGAGACGGCUGCGGCCAAGGCUUGUGCUUCUGACUCCACCGAUGGCGCCACCGCAACUGCUGCUGGAGUGGAUGGUGGCGCGGUGGUCGUGGUGCGUGGCACGGUGGGCUUCGUGCUGCAGGCGGCGGACAUCGGGCUGGGCGCGCUCCCCGCCAAGCUGCGUCAGCAGAUCGAGGACUUUGUCGACGACGCCCACCCGGGCUCCAAGCUGCGCCUCAAGCCCGAGCAGCUCGACGCGAGGGAGCGGCACCUGGUGCACGCGUACGCGGAGAGCUGCGGAGUGAUGAGCGAGAGCACGGGGAAGAAGGGCAAGGGCGCCGCCGACCAGCGCCGGCUGACGCUGACGAUACCGCUGCGCGGCAAGAAGAAGGUCGACGCGGGUGGUGGUGCCGACGGCGGUGGCGGCGCGGGAGGCACGAUUGUGGCGCAUGCGGGUGACCUCGACAAAACCAAGGGCAAGAAGAGGGCGGCAGGCGCGGGUGGCGGCAGCAGUGGCGGCACGCGGAGCGAGCAGCGGCAGCUGGUGACGGACGGAGCGCAGCUCGAUCGGCUGCUGCAGCUGGCGCCGCUGGUUGCUGGCGAGUGCGGCGACGGCGACGGCGACGGCCUCUCUGGUGCUGGUGGCGGCGCGGGCGCGUUUGCGACGCUCGAGGAGGCGCUGCGCGGGCUGAGCGGCAGCACGCCGGCGCUGCUUCCGCUGUGCCGCGCGCUGGAGGCGCUCGGCGAUGCUGCCGGAGCGGUGGCGCAGGAGGCAGGGGAGGCACCAACGGACGCCUCCAUUGGCACGCUUCCCAUCGGCCGCGACGGCCUGCUCGCAUUCGAGGAGACCAACCAGCUUGCCGAUCGCAAGGUCAUCAUCUUGGACGUGGAUGGCGUGCUGCAUCCCUUCUCGUCCACAUCGCCCUUCAGCGCGCCAUGCAUGGCGGCGCUGCGCAGCGUCGUCGAGCAGACGGGCGCGGCCCUCGUGCUCUCGUCGUCGUGGCAGGGCCUGCCGAGCACCGUCGCAAAGGUGAACGCUGCACUCGAGGCGCAUGGCCUGCCACGCGUGAGUGCGCAGACGGUCUGCCCGAACGAGGCCGGGUACGCGAGCACUGGCGCAGACGCCAGGAGCCGUGCGAGCGAGAUUCUCCGCUGGGUGGAGGCCAAUGCGGACCGCUGCACCGGCGGCUGGGUUGCCAUCGACGACAUGCACCUGCAGAGGCUGCUGCCCGGCGGCAACUUCGUGCGUACCGAGGCCGAGGUUGGCCUGACGGAAGCCAACGCAUGGUCCGCAGUCAUGAUGCUCGGCGGCUCGUCUGCAAAAGAGCAGCGCACUGGCAGCGAGGAGGAGGGCAAGGGCGAGGAGGAUGAGGAGAGCGAGGAGAGCGAGGAGGAUGAGGAGGGCGAGGAGGGUGGCGAAGGCGGUGUCGCCUUCAUCAUGCGCGGCCUGCCCGGCAGCGGCAAGUCCAGCCUCGCCACGCGGCUCGCCGCCGCAUGGCGCCACGCCCACCUCAACCUCCGCCACCACGCCGACGACGACGCCGACGACGACGAGAGCGUGGCUCUCUGCAGCGCCGACGCCUUCUUCGCCGCCGGCGGCCACCUGACGCGCGAGCAGCGCCGGGAGUGCGGCGGCGACGCGAAGCUGCUGUACGCGCGCUCCUGGGACGCCUCGCUGCUGCAGCACGCGCACACGGCGUGCCGCGCAACCUUCGACGCCGCGCUGGGCCGCACUGCGCCUCUCGUGAUCGUCGACAACGUCAACGCGAAGCGGGAGCAGUACGCGUACUAUUCGCGCAGGGCGAGGCGCGCGGGCUACGCGGUGGUGGUGCUCGAGGUGGUGUGCCCCCCGGGGGAGGCGGCGCUGAGGGCCUUCCACGAGCGCAACGCGCACGGCGUGCCAAUGAAGGCGAUGCAGCUGAUACGCGCCAAGUGGGAGCACGACGACAGCGCAGCACGCAUUCUCCCGCACGGCGUGACCGCUACUGCGGGUGAGGCGGGUGGUGCUACUGCGGUGGCGGCGAUGCAGGCGGCGGCGGCUGCGACGGUGGGCCAGCCGCGAGAGUCGCUGCUGCGCUGGCUGAGCCGCAACCAGUGCGUGCACUACUCGCACUCCCGCGCCAAGACGCACCUGCUGAUGGCCGUCAACGGCGAGGCGGCGGCCUUCGUCAACAUUCCACCCGCGCUGCGCGGCGACUUCCAUGCAGUGUACGCGGCCGACGCGACGCCCAAGUACGUGUGCGAGCUGCACCAGAAGAAGUUCCGUCUGUACCUCGACAUCGACCUCGAGGUGCGGGAAGGCGAGGAGCUGCUGAGCCGCGCGGCCCAGCUGGAGCUCGCGGCGUGCCUGCGCGAGGUGCUGGGCAGGCAGGAGUUUGAGGACAUCGUCACGGACGCCGACGCGCCGGUUGUCGUCACCGCGGCGCGGCCCACGCCCGUCGCGGCGGCCGCCAAGGGUGCCGGUGCCGGUGGUGGCGCCAGCGGCAGCGGCAGCGGCGGCGGCAAGGUGCGGCUUGGCAUCCACCUGCACGUGCCCGGCUCGCAGUGCAGCACGGGCGACGCGCUGGCGGUGCGCCAGGCGCUCGUCGACAUGCUCUCCGGCGGCUGGUCCUCUGGCUCCGGCUCCGGCUCUGGCUCCCGUGCCGGCUCCGGCUCCCGUGCCGGCUCCGGUGCGGCGCCGCCGGCGCUGCGCGCGUGGCGGCCGCUUGGGAGCGUCGACUGGGAAACCGCGCUCGACAGGCAGGUCUACGGCGCGGGCUGCGGGCUGCGGAUGCUCGGAUCGCUCAAGGCGAAGAAGGGCGUGCGCGUCGGCGAGGGACGCCCGUACGCGCUCGUCGGCGGCGUCGGGCGCGGUGGCGAGGAGGUGGGUCUGGGAGAGGCCGCGCGCGACCCGGCGGCGCUGCUCGAGCUGGUGAGCAUGCAUUUGCCGAUCGGGGCGCGCGUGAGCUCACAGGUCAGGCUGAUAAGGCCUGGCUACGCGACCAUCGAGGUCGACCUGAAGCACGAGAAGGCCGCGGGCGACCGCGAGUCUGUGCAGGCGGCGGAGCGCUCGUUCAUCGAGCGCACCGCGCCGCGGAAGAAGGAGGAGCUGACAGAGGAGCAGAAGGAUGCUCGGGCCGCGGCUCGCAGGGCCAAAAAGGCCCGGCAGAAGAAGAACAAGGCGGAGAAGGCUGCGGCGGCGGCGGCUGCGAGCGAGGCCGAGCGUGCGGGCUACCCGUACGCGCAGCUGCGCGAGAACGCCAUGUUCGUGAUGGAGGGCCUGGAGGCUGCGGCGCAGGCGGCGCGCAUCCCCACCGGGUCCAAGAUUCAGGUCGCCUACUCGCUCCCUCCCGAGGGGGGCAGCGGGUUCGGCGACAUGGUGUACGCCACGGUCCCUAUGGGCACCGUGGCGACGAAGGUUGCCCGGGACUGGCUCGCUAGCGAGCUCUACGAGCCGUCCCGGCGAGGCAAAAUUGAUGCGGCCUACAGGGACCGAAAGGUUGCCGAGCUGAUCACGGCUGCCGGCGCCUCGGCGCCAGCCGACGCCGUGUUCGGCGGCAGGUUCGCGACGGGCGAGACGCCCCGCCCGACGACCUCCGCUUCCGAGGCGGACGAGGGCGACGGCGGCGAUGGCGGGGCCGAGAGCAUGUCCUUUGACUUAUUCUAG